UAUUGAGGGGUAUAUUUGUCAUUGUUUAGGCAGCAAAUAAAUUCCCGAUUCCUGAAUCCGAACUGCAAAACGAAGAGGGAAGACUCAUCCAUUUCGCAGCGCAGCAUAUUAGAAGGAACCCAAAACGAAAUCCAUCGUGUAUCAUCAAAUGUCACGAGUGAAAUGGAAUGAAGAUAAUUUAGCUGAAAUUGAGGCAAACAAACCUGUCAGGCAGAAAAUAACUGAACCAAAGACACCGUACCAUCCCAUGAUUGACGAUGAAGAUGAUGGUGAUUCAUCAUCUCCUUCGAGAAGAGGAGGUUUCGGGGAUCAUUUUGAAGAUGCAUUGAAUAUACUAGCGACAUCAUCUUCAUUUAAUGAUGUAGGCUCCUCUAGUAAGACUGGCUCACAUCACUCAGGCUGGACAUCAUCUGAUGAUGAUGCAGACGCAAUGGAUCAAGAUGAAGAAGAUUCUGAUUCGGAGAGGCGCAGGAGCUUUAAGGAGCAUAGGAAAGAUCACUAUGACGAGUUUCUCAAAAUUAAAGAGUUGCGUCGAAAUGGAUCCCAACUGGAAGAAGCAUCUGACGAUGAAACCUCAAUAACUGCUGGUGUGAAAGACAUUGAUAUUCAGGAAUCAUCUCGACCUGCAAAUGGAUCUUAAUAUCUGCUUUUGAUACUUGCUGGUACUUUGAAACUGAUACAUUCUGUUUCUCAACUUGUAACAUGGCCACUUCAUUCAGCGUUUAGUUUUCCAAGCAAAAUCUUUUAAUCUGUACUGGAAUGAAAUGUUGUCUGGUAUUCCAGAACUUGUGUGUAAUCUUAAUCUGUUCGUUAAGCCUAAUAUUUGAUCUACAUCAACAA